AUGGCGCGCGGCGGCAGGAGCGCGGGGCGGCCCGCGGCGGCACCACCGGCCCCGGCCAGCCCGCCCCCAGCGGCCCCGGUGCCGGCGGCGCAGCCGGCGCAGCCCGGGCUGAUGGCGCAGAUGGCCAGCACGGCGGCCGGCGUGGCCGUGGGCUCCGCCGUGGGACACGUCGUGGGCAGCGCCCUCACCGGCGCCUUCAGCGGCGGCUCCUCCGAACCGGCCAAGGCGGCGGCUCCCGCCCAGGAGCCCAGGCAGCAGCCCGUGUACCAGCAGUCGCCCUAUGGACCCUGCCACUAUGAGAUGAAGCAGUUCCUGGAAUGUGCUACCAACCAGAGAGACCUGACCUUGUGCGAGGGCUUCAACGAGGCUUUGAAGCAGUGCAAGUAUAGCAAUGGUGUUUCUUCUCUCCUGUGAAGGAUCUGCCCCCUUGUAGGGAAGAGGAGCCUGGUGUAGAGCCCUGCUGCCUGCAGGGAGCAGAAGGACAGACAGGGGAUGAGCUGAGGGGAACAGACUGACCAGACAGGAGUCUUCUAGUGGUAAUUCACUUCUGGACUAGUAGGAAAGGAGAGGAAUGGUUGGACCUGUGGGAUUGCGGAAUUCAGAUAGUGCUAUGUUUAUUACAGAAAAAUAAAGGAGUUUAUUUGGACCUA